AGAGACCAGGUCUGUUGGAGUGCCCAAAACAUUGGCAUCCACUCCCAGGGAAAUGUUUGUUUUUAUCUCCCACUCUCAGCUCUUGGAAUAACAGUCUAGCCAACUGUUCCACAGAAGAAUCCAGAUUGUUGCUUAUUCAAGAUCAGGAAGAAUUGAAACUCAUACAGAACCUGAUAAAUGAAGAAGGAAUUCUAUAUUGGACUGGAUUACAUUUUGUACUAUCAGAGAAGAGCUGGAAGUGGAUAAAUGGCUCUUUUUUAAAUUCUGAUAUGUUUCAAAUUACUGGCGAUGCUGGAGAAAACAGAUGCGCUUUAAUCUCUCAGAAAAAAGUUUUUUCUGAGAACUGUGAUUCAGAAAAUAAAUGGAUCUGCCAAACGGAACUGAAAUCUGUUAGAAAUAAAGAGUGUCCCGACUGUUGA